AACAAGAAAUACUCUCUCUCCCCUUCCAAGCUACCUUCAGUUCCUUUCUCUGAUCCUAAAAGAACGUGAUCAGGCUUGUUCUGGUCCUAUACUCAAUACCCAUCAUCGAUAUUAGCUGAAAAACCAACACAAUCAUGAAGCAAACGGUGGUGAUAAAGGUGUCCAUGGAUGGCCACAAGUCCUUUUUUGGUGAGCUGGACGGAGAAAAAGUCCGCUCCAAAGCCUUGAAGAUUGCAGUCGGCGUUUCAGGGGUAGUAGCGGUAUCUUUAAAAGGAGACGAAAAGGACCAAAUAGAAGUAAAAGGGGAUGGGAUUGAUACGGUGAAGCUUACAAAGUUACUCAGGAAGAAAGUGGGGCAUGCAGACAUAAUUACUGUGGCAGAAGAGAAGAAAGAAGAGAAGAAAGAGGAGAAGAAAGAACCGAAAAUAGAAUACCUGUCGUUGCCUUAUAAUUAUACGCCUUCCUACUCCUAUCCACUCUAUGCGCUGCCAGGGAUUACAUAUUACUGAGCUAGCAGUGGAGAAAAUUUCAAUAAUAUAAGUGCAUAAGUACUUGUGUUUUUUUAUCUUUUCAAAUGCUUUCUCGAGGUGUGCGAUGCAAAUCUGCCAUCAUGAUUCUGUUCUAUAUUGAUAUAAAUCGAUGGUGUUCAGUUUCUCA